UUGCCUUUGCUGAUAUUUAGGGUUAGGUUUAGGGCUUGUUUUGCCCAGAUCUGGCGUGAUGGAGGACAAGAAGAACACGGACUGCGUUUACUUCCUCGCAUCGCCGCUCACAUGCAAGAAGGGAAUGCAAUGCGAGUUUAGGCACAGCGAGGUCGCGAGAUUAAAUCCCCGCGACUGUUGGUACUGGCUCUCUGGGAACUGCCUCAAUCCAGACUGCCCGUUUCGUCAUCCCCCGCUGGACGUGUCCGAGGAGGAGAAUCCCAGCUCCAAUUCUCGAGUCCCCUGUUACUUCUACUCUCAAGGAUACUGCGCAAAAGGAGACCAGUGUCCGUUCAUGCACGGCUUUGCUCGUCGCUCCCAACAGGUCCAAACUUUGGCCCAGCAGCAGCAAACUCCAUCCCAGCCUCAAGUUCCUGCUGCCUCUACCGUCACGCAAAACGGGGGCUCCAAGUUCUCGUCGGCAACGUUCGGCCAGAGAAGCGGCCCGGCCGAGCCUCCACACCAAGUCAAGCUUGAAACUCCGGAAGAACACGAGCAGCAGCACCAGGUGGAGAGCAGCAGCUCGCCGACACAGGACGACGAGCAGCAGGAGAAAUCCGACAGUGGCGACGGAAAGUCCGAAGAACUCUACAGGCUGCACCACCACGAGUGGCCGAUGAGAGGCAGCUCCCCCGACUUCGACGACGUAGAUCCCGGAGCCCAGCAGGAUUUCUACUCGGACGAUGGAGAUAACUACGACACCGUCCUCGAUCCAGUAAAUGGCUCCUCCUCGCAGCUGCUUGAUCAAAUCCAAAGCCAGCAACACCGUCUCCUCGACUCUGCUUCGUACGACUUUGGAGGCUGCCGCUACGAGCGAGGAGCUUUCCAAAACGGCCCCAGCGCUGGCACACGGAACAGCUUCAACGAGUACAAGCCUUACGAUCCACCGUACCAGCCAUCGCUCCCUUACGACUGCAUGAUCAGCUCGCGGCAGCCUCUCGUCCAGGAGCAGCGGAUUGAUCCCGACUUGGAAGCUCUUCUCAUGGCCAGGAACUUGGAGGGACUAAACCGAGGGAGGCUCGAGGACCGGCUGGUGUUUCCGAGAGGGAACCACAGGAGCCUCUUUGCCGCAAACCGCUUAAAGCUUCUCAGCGACAACAGUAGUGCUCACAACAGGCUAGUUUACGACGAAACCAAUCCUGCUCUUCACCAUCGACUGGAAAGCUGGAGGGUGGCGAAUGGUGGCAGUCGCAGCGUCCAUAGCAGGCUCGGAAGGCCCAGCGUGAAGACCCGGCUCAAGUAUGCUGCUAACCAGAGACUCCACCAGCACCAGUUUCAUAACUUCCAGCACCACCACCAACAGCAGCAACAGCGUCACCACGGCCGGAACUCGAGAUACUUGGGAGUGAUGCAGCAGCAGCACUGGCGACACAACAAAGUCGCCAAGAAGCCCAAGCUCGCCGCCGCCGCUGCCGGUGCUGCUCCCAGCAGCACCUCUGCCAGGAACAGCGUCACUUUGAGAGAGUCUCAAUUUGACGGGCCAAAGAGCCUGGCGGAGCUGAAAGCUGCGAAGGACGCUGCUGGAACUUGAGGACACGAAACGAAAAGCUUCUCUUUGGGACGCUCAGUCUGUCCUUAGAGCUUUGUGCCACAAGACGGUGGUGACUCCAAUCAGCAAGCAACUCACCCCGAGCACCCAAUCUCCCUCGUCUCCAGCACCGACCUCGAGCUCACUAGCAGCAGCAGCUUCUCUUUCCUCUCGUCGAGGCUUGGCUUCUCCUUCGCUGCGGCGUCGAUCACUUCGUCGAGUAGGAUCGCCAGUGAAGCCACUGUAUCCCGACGGGGUGUGCUUGACGUCCAUGACGGAUCCAAAGAACUCGGUCACGCGGACCUCGUCCAGCUUCCUCCGGAACAAGUCGUCCCUGAAGCUGGCGUUGGACAUGAGCAGCCGGGGAUCGUAGACCCGGAACAAGCUCUCGAGGGUGGCGGCGCUGUCGGUCCUCACGCCCUCGAGAAACUGGAGCGUGUAGUACGUGAAGCGAUCGAUCACCGAGACGCCAACGUCCAUGUCGAGGUGGUGGGAGUAGGAGUUCUCCCCCUUGUUGCUGCUGCUCGCGGCCAGCACUCCAGGCGAGUAGACUUGCGAGUAGAGCGUCGAGGCCUGGCAAGUGUCCACCAUGAACAAGAUCUCCCUGUAUCGC